GUUGCGGGGACGGGCAGCGGCGGCGGCGGCGGCGGCGGCGGCGAUUUUUUAUUCUGCUGCGAGGGACAAGGACCAAGACUUAUGUUAGGGUUAUGUUUGGGCUCGAAUGGGCCGAGGGCCGACUAGGCCCAUAAAGCGAAGGAGGGUUAACUUGAGAAACGUACCAACAAAAGCAAUGGAUGCUCCACGCAACUCAGAUAAGUUAUCCAGACGAGGAGUGGUGAUGGUAGUCAACAGCUUGCUUGCUCCAUAUAAAUUGGCACAGAGAGAAGAAGGAUCAGGAGUGCACCUGGCUUACACUGAUCGAUGCUGUUCUCAGUUCUCACCACCAUUUUUACCUCGAAGAUUUCUAGAUUCGAUCAGCAAACCAAUUGGAAGCACAAUGCAGUUCAGGCUGGUGAUCUUGGUUCUGCUCCUCUCCUGCUCGCUUCAGCUGCUUCGCGCGUUUCCAUUCCCCAUCCCGUUCUUUGGCCCCUUCACGAGCCCACAAGACGUUGAUGCGAUAAACGAGCUGUACGCGUCGCUGGGCUCGCCUGACCUCCAUGGCUGGGCUUCUUCAGGAGGAGACCCCUGCAUGGAAGCAUGGCAGGGGGUGCAAUGCCUUGGACCCAACAUCACUGCAAUAGAGCUCAGAGGUGCAGGCCUGGGAGGAAAGCUGAGUGAGACGCUGGGGAAGUUCACUGCCAUGACAGCAUUGGAUCUGAGCAGCAACCGCAUUGGGGGAGUGAUUCCUGAGAGCUUACCACCUGCAGUAAAACAACUGAAUUUAUCUUCGAAUAGUCUCAGUGGCAAACUCCCAGAUUCGAUGGCGAAGCUGAACUCGCUUUCGACACUGCAUGUUCAGAACAAUCAGCUCACUGGCACACUUGAUGUUCUAGGAGAUCUUCCCCUGAAAGACUUGGAUAUAGAGAACAAUCUUUUCUCAGGACCAAUCCCAGAGAAACUGAUCAACAUCCCAAAAUUUCUGAGAAACGGCAACCAUCUUACCAUCCCCACGAUGCCCGGCUCUUCUCCAACUCCGGAUACCAUCCCCGGCUCUCCUCCGACUCCGGCGGCAGCGGUGGCGGCGCCUCGAUCAGGUGCUUCACACCCUCCUAUAUAUGUAAUUCCGGCCACUCCACAUGGCGCUGCACAGGGUGACCCUCCGAGACACGGCAAGAAGGUCUCGCCGGCGAAAGCCGCCGGAUUCAGCAUCCUCGCCGCCGGCUCACUGACCAUUGCCGUGGUCCUGAUCGUCUUCGCCGUGUCGAAACGGCGGCGGGAGACGUCUCUUCAUGGAGGAUUUCUGAGAGGAGUUGAGAUGAGCACUCCGGAUUGGAGUGGGAAGCCUUCAGGACAAAGUGCAGUUGUCAAGGUAGACAAAGAACAAAGCACAGUUGCUGAAGAGAAGGAUACCAAGGGUAGCAUUUCUUCAUAUCAGAAGAAUGUUCAGGAGAGUUUACAAAACCAUCCUUUGCAAUUCAAGUUCACAAUCUUCACAGUUGCAUCCUUGCAACAGUAUACCAACAGUUUCAGUGAGCAGAAUCUGAUGAGGCAAACCCUGUUCGGAAAAAUCUACCUAGCAGAGCAGCAAGACAUCAAGUUUGCAGUACUGAAGCUUGACGAAGCGAUGGCGAGAAUGCCGGUGGACGAGUUCUUGAGGAUGGUUCAGAGAAUCUCUGAACUCCAGCAUCCCAACAUCGAGGAGCUUGCAGGAUGCUGCGUCGAGCACGGACAGAGGCUGCUCGUCUACAAGCAUUUCAGCGAUGAAACUCUCGACGACAUGAUCCAUCUGAAGAAACUGGCAUCAUCAGACGAUCCUGCUGCCAAGAUCACUCUUCCAUGGGAUGCCCGGGUAGCUGUCGCACUCGAAGCUGCGAAAGCUCUAGAGUACCUCCACGAAGGUGGUCAGAGACAGGUUGUGCACCAGCAUUUCAGGCCUGAACAUGUGCUCGUCGACGGCGAGAUGCGUGUGCGCGUGUCCGGCUGCGGCCUUGCUGCGGCUGUGAAAUCCGGCUUGGAUCUUCAGUCGGAAUGCUGGCUCGACGCGCUGAGCUACGAGCCACCGGAGGCGGCGGCGGCGCCAUGGACGGACAAGGGCGACGUGUACAGCUUCGGGGUGGUGAUGCUGCAGCUUCUGACGGGGCGGAGGCCUUACGACGGCGCGCGGCCGCGGGGCGAGAGGCGGCUGGUGGCGUGGGCGAGCUCGCGGCUGCACGACCUGACGGCGCUGGAGAAGAUGGCCGACCCGCGCCUCGGGACGCCGGCGACGGUCAGGUCCAUGUCGCGGUUCGCCGACGUCAUCAGCCGGUGCACGCAGCAGGAAGCGGAGUUCCGGCCGGCCAUGUCGCAGGUGGUGCAGGAUCUGCGGCGCGCGCUGCAGCCUGCACGCGAUGCUUGCGGACAGCAGAGCUGCAGCAACUGAUUAGUGACGAAAAUUUACUAAUCCCGCAGUUCCGAAAAAAUAUAUAUAACACCAUAUAAGACAUACUCUAAUGCCCUAUAUUUAUGCCACUAUCUUGUGUUAAAUCUAUUAUAUUUUGGAACGAAGGUUGUAGUAAUAUUUGUCAUCCUCCUGAUUUGCGUGGGUUCGAUUUAAAGUUUUAGACAGCGAAAUACCAUCAGAAAAUAGAUGGAAAAGUGGAAUACCAACGGAAUACAAAGGGAGGAAGGGGCAGUUCAAAUUGAUGUCAUUUUCAA